AUGAAUACAAAAAGCUUUUUAGGAUUAACUUGCCAUUAUAUUGAUGAAGAUAAAUUUAAAUCUAUAGUUAUAGCUGUAUAUGAACUUUCUUCAAACCAUACAGCUGAAUAUAUAACAGAUAUAAUAAAGAAAUUUUGUGAAUCUUGGGGCAUUUGCAUUAACAAAAUAAGUGCAGUAGUUACUGAUAAUGGUGCAAACAUGGUAAAGGCUAUAACACUCCUGUUUGGUAAAAAUAAGCAUUUACCAUGUUUUGCCCACUUAUUAGAUUUGCUAGCAACUAAAAUAAUGACAGAAGUGGGAAAUGUUGUCACAUAUUUUAAACACAGUGUCGCAGCCUCAGAUGAGUUAAGGAAGGCCUAA